GAGGAAAGGCGGGAGGGCGCGCGCCAGGGCUGCUAGCUCGCUGGCUCCCUCUCUCUCUCUCUGCCAGUGUGUUUAGUCAGUCAGCCAGCAGCUGGCGGGCCUGCGAGCCGCAGAGGGCCCGAGCCUCGGACUCCGGCGCCGCCUCCUGCCAUUGUUCAUCCGGCUGUAGCAGCGACCGGGGCAGGAGCCCGGGCCCGGGAGCUACCGCAAAAUCAUGACAACAGAGAAGAGUUUAGUGGUUGAGGCUGAAAAUUCUCAGCAUCAACAGCAGAAGGAGGAAAGUGAAGGAGCCACAAACUCAGGUCAACAAGAAACUCAGCCAGAAGAGGGUUCCCAAGCAGCAGCUGAGGGAGAGAAUCAGUGUGAGCAGAAGCUGAAAGCAUCCAAUGGAGACACUCCUGCACAUGAAGAUUUGACCAAGAACAAGGAGCGGACAUCAGAAAGCAGGGGCCUGUCUCGACUGCUCUCCUCAUUUCUCAAAAGGCCCAAAUCUCAGGUCACUGAGGAAGAAGGCAAAGAGGUAGAGUCAGAUAAAGAAAAAGGUGAAAGAGGGCAGAAAGAGAUAGAAUUUGGAACCAGCCUUGAUGAAGAGAUCAUUUUAAAGGCCCCAAUUGCAGCUCCUGAACCUGAGCUCAAAACAGACCCAUCCUUGGAUCUUCAUUCAUUAAGCAGUGCAGAAACACAGCCAGCUCAGGAAGAACAUAGAGAAGAUCCAGAUUUUGAAACUAAGGAAGAAGAAGGAAUUGAAAAGUGCUCCAAAACAGAAGUAAAAGAAGAUCCUGAAUCAAAAGCAGAAAGAGAUUUAAAAGCUUCCCAGAAAUCUGUCAGAAGACACAGAAACAUGCACUGCAAGGUCUCAUUGCUGGAUGACACAGUUUAUGAAUGUGUUGUAGAGAAGCAUGCUAAGGGACAAGAUUUGCUUAAACGAGUAUGUGAGCACCUCAAUCUUUUGGAAGAAGACUACUUUGGUCUAGCCAUUUGGGAUAACACAACCUCUAAGACAUGGCUGGAUUCUGCCAAAGAAAUAAAAAAGCAGGUUCGAGGCAUCCCUUGGAAUUUCACAUUUAAUGUAAAGUUUUAUCCACCUGACCCAGCACAGUUAACCGAAGACAUAACAAGAUACUAUUUAUGUCUUCAGCUUCGGCAGGACAUCGUUGCAGGACGUCUGCCCUGUUCCUUUGCAACCUUGGCAUUAUUAGGUUCUUACACCAUCCAGUCUGAGCUGGGAGACUAUGACCCAGAACUCCAUGGCGUGGAUUAUGUUAAUGAUUUUAAACUGGCCCCAAAUCAGACCAAGGAACUUGAAGAAAAGGUCAUGGAGCUGCAUAAAUCAUACAGGUCUAUGACUCCAGCUCAGGCUGACUUGGAAUUUCUGGAGAAUGCCAAAAAGUUGUCUAUGUAUGGAGUUGAUCUUCAUAAAGCAAAGGACUUGGAGGGAGUGGAUAUCAUCCUAGGUGUCUGCUCUAGUGGCCUUUUGGUUUACAAAGAUAAGUUGAGAAUUAACCGUUUUCCUUGGCCCAAAGUACUGAAGAUUUCUUAUAAACGUAGCAGCUUUUUCAUCAAGAUCCGGCCUGGAGAGCAAGAACAGUAUGAAAGUACCAUUGGAUUUAAACUUCCCAGUUACCGAGCAGCUAAGAAAUUAUGGAAAGUCUGUGUAGAGCAUCACACAUUUUUCAGACUGACAUCUACAGACACCAUUCCCAAAAGCAAAUUUCUCGCUCUGGGAUCCAAAUUUCGAUACAGUGGCCGGACUCAAGCUCAGACCAGGCAAGCUAGUGCUCUGAUUGACAGGCCUGCCCCACACUUUGAACGUACAGCAAGCAAACGGGCAUCCCGGAGCCUCGAUGGAGCUAAUGAUUCAGCAGACCGAAGUCCUCGGCCCACCUCUGCACCAGCCAUUGCUCAGAGUGAAGUCACAGAAGGUGGUGUCCCAGGGGCACUUGUCAAAAAAAUACAGAAGGAAACAGUGAAGGUUGAAGUGAAAAAGGAAGAAGAGCCACCUGAGCAAGCUGAACCAGAGCCCACAGAAGCAUGGAAGGUGGAAAAAACCCACAUCGAGGUCACAGUACUCACCUCAAAUGGUGACCAAACACAGAAGCUUGCAGAAAAAACUGAAGAUCUGAUAAGAAUGAGGAAGAAAAAAAGAGAGAGACUAGAUGGUGAAAACAUUUAUAUCAGACAUAGCAAUUUAAUGUUGGAGGAUUUAGACAAAAGUCAAGAAGAGAUAAAAAAGCAUCAUGCUAGCAUCAGUGAGCUGAAAAAGAACUUCAUGGAGUCUGUACCAGAACCACGGCCCAGCGAAUGGGAUAAACGCUUAUCUACUCAUUCCCCAUUCCGAACUCUUAACAUCAAUGGGCAGAUCCCCACAGGAGAAGGAGUGAAGAAAACCUCUACCCUCCCCUCGGAAAGAAAGGUUGGUGGGCCAGAGAGUAUAAAUGGCAUUCGCACAGAGGAGGUGGCUGUCAUGACAAAAGGGUCUGCUGACCCUGACUCUGAAUGGGAGGGCCCUGAGCAGUCAGUAGUUCCCAGUCAGAGGCAGAUGACCAUCCCGACGGAGUCUCCACAGAGCUUUGACUUUGGCUGCCUCUCCAUAAGCAGCAAGGAGACAGAAGAGAAGGAGCAGGGGGCAGCUGGCUGUCUUGAUAUUAAGGAGAUGCCAAGAGGCCCAAGUGGGGAAUGUGCAGGAGUGGAGGAGGCCAGUACCUUAAAGUUCUCAGUAUCACCAGCUUCCUGUCAGCUGCAGCCUGGUGAAAAAGGGGCAGACAGUAGUGAAGAACCUGUUACACCAGGAGAGCCACUUGGAAAACAAAAUGGAUCACUUCUUGACUCUCAUGUGGUUAACCGGUUCCCCACCCUCAUUCGAAGUUUCCAGCCUCCACUGGUGAAGACUCAGACUGUCACCAUCUCAGACACUGCCAAUGCUGUGAAAAGUGAGAUCCCCACCAAAGAUGUCCCUAUCGUCCACACUGAAACCAAGACCAUCACGUAUGAGGCUGCCCAGACCGAUGACAGCAACAGGGACUUGGACCCAGGAGUAUUGCUGACAGCCCAGACCAUCACAUCUGAGACCACAAGCAGCACUACCACAACUCAGAUUACCAAGACUGUUAAAGGUGGGAUUUCAGAGACCCGGAUUGAAAAGAGAAUUGUAAUUACAGGAGAUGCUGAUAUUGACCACGAUCAGGUCCUGGUACAAGCCAUCAAGGAGGCAAAGGAGCAGCACCCAGACAUGUCAGUGACCAAGGUGGUCGUCCAUCAGGAGACUGAGAUCUCUGAGGAAUGAGCUCAGGAACUAUCCUACUCCCAAUUCCCUGCCCUUCUCCCGUCCAAGAGAAACCAGCAAAAUGAUUGGGAAGCCAACCUGCAAUAGUCAGACUUUAGACUUGCAAGUUAUCCUAAACCACCAGAUAAUUAAUUUCAUUUUCUAUUUGGAGUUUAUAACAAGAGAUUCUUCUAGAUACCACCGAUCCUUUGAAGACCUUUUUCUAUAUUGUAAUACCUGAAAUUGUUCAACUUUUCACUCUAUGGACUGUUUUAAAGAAUUCUUGGGUUUUUUUACGGGGUAGUUUGUAACCCCUUCAACCUACCCUCUCCCCACUUAUUUCCAACCCAGAUACAGAUGGGGUCCACAGAAUUCUGCAGGAUCCUCCAGAGAUUCUGUCAGUUGUGUUGGAGGCCAAAAUCAGCCAUGGGACAUCCCCUCCUCCCCUAAUCUUAUACUCGUUGGAUGACAACAGAAACUUCAUGGCACAGCUUCCUCAGAACCAAUGAUGUGACUUUGCCAGAAUGUCAGGCAGGGGGACUGUCCUGAUCCACAGCUCUCGAAAAAAAAAUGUCCUGUCCUUUUGUCAGGCUGUUUUUGGUGAAGCAGAGACCUCUGCUGAGAAUGUAGUAUUGUUUUACUCCUCCCCAACCUGUUCUGUUUUGGAGCUUCUUUAGGUCAGACAGAAGAAGUUGCUUCAGAUAUAUCUGAUACUGUGAAUGUUUGAACAUAUCUGUGGCCUUCAUCUCCCCUUCUGGCCUGUUACCUCAUCAGAAGCAGUGACUCUGCCAGGCUUCCCCAACCUCCCAUCUCAGGAGACCAAAACUCACGGAAAAAUAAGCACUUUUGGCCAAAAGUUCUAAUGGAACAUUUUAAUGGUGGUUUGGGGAGGGAAAGUUAAUAAGGUUUUAAAAAUAAGGUCUUUUAGUUCUGGAAGUGUGUACUUCACACAGGGGAAUGUGGAGUUUACCUCAGUUGGAUCCUGCUAAGGAAUAUUUCCAGGUGGCUGUGCCUCUUUCUCUUCCAGCAUGGUAACAGAAAUGGCUCAGAGAGGUCAUGUUCUUUGACCUUUCUUCUCUGCAUGAAGACACCCUCCUGGAGCAAGGGUGUUACAGGCUUAGGAGCCACCCUCCCACAGGACACCACACAAAGGCCCCUGGUCUGCUCAUUCCCACUCACCACCUGAGGUCUGCUGGGUUCUGUAGGCUUGAUUCUGUGGUGGGUUUUGGAUUUUUUUUUUUUUUUUUUCUUUUUGGUCUUGGUUUUGAAAAUGAGGCCUGAUGUCCCUAAUUCCUGGUAGGGAUUUGGAGGCAUUUUUAUUCAGUAGGGCUUCUCUGUAUCUUCUGGCUUGCUUCCUACAAACAGAUCUGCCUGGAAGCUUCUCAGAAUCCUAAGUCUAGGCCAGAAGUGAACUUCAUGAGAUUAGACAGGGGGUCACUGACAGCGAUUGCCGGGGGGCUGAAGGGCAGUGAGCAUGAGAGAAGUCUAAAAGUCAGCAGUGCAGUGUCUCUACUAGCUGAGUUUUUAGACAAACUCAGCUAGUUUGAACUGAUUUCAAGUGUGUGCAUUUUCCUUUUAGUUCUCAUGUGAGACUGUUAACCAGGGACCCCUCUCUCAGGAGGGACAGGAGAGCACUGGUGGGAUCUACCACAAGCUUGGGGGUAAAGCAGGUUGUCCUAUCUCAGGAAGAAACAGGCUGUGGCACAGGGUCUGAGGUGAUGGGCUUUCUGGGUGGGGCUCAGGCCAGGGCAAUAUUGGCAGGAGUGGUGGAAGUUAAAACUUAAGGGGGCCGGGGAUUUAGCUCAGUGGCACCACGCCUGCCUCAAAAGUGCAAGGUCCUCAGUUCGAUCCCCAGUACUGCAAAAAAACCCCACAAAACUCUAGGUCCUGCAGGGGAUGUAGAUCAGGGGCACCAUGGCUGUCUCACAAGUGCAGGGUCCUAAGUUCAAUCCCCAGUACCAAAAAGCAAAACAAAAUGAAAAACCUGUAAGUCCCAUUCAACAAGCACAUAAUGGAGCUUGCUUCCCAGGGCCAGCUGUCCUGCUAACCAAGCUAUGGGACUCACAAAGCUGAACCUGUGGGAUGAAGGGAAUGAGGGAAGAGGACACACCAUGUCUAUUUAGAACCCUGAGGACUCUGCUAUCUGGAUCUGUGUUGGAGCUCUCAUAGCACAGGACCCAGACCUGCAGGCAUAAACCUUCCUUGGCUCUGCCACCAGCUCACUCCUCCUCUCCACCUCCUUUGUCUGCAAUUGGACUAGAACUCUAAUUUCCUUCCAAGCCUCUUCCACCUUCCUCUCUCUGAAACAGAUCUAGGGAUUUGGCAAUUGUUUUGAUUUUAUUCUUUCUGCAGUUGCGUGCAUGUGUGUGUGUGUGAAGAAAAACAGGCUCUGUUCAGGUAGAAAUGGUGAAGGUAGAGAAGGGGGUUACACUCCCGGGGUCAGAGACUUGGGUGCAGUUUUCCUAAAGUGACUCAGACACACCACAGUAACAACUCUCACUGCAAAUUUUAUUUUUACUUUAGAAAUAAAAAUUUCCUUCAAACCACAUGAGAUCUCUGCCACCCACCCACAAAGCAAGACCUACAUUCAUAAGCCAAGGGCUUAGGGAGCCUAAAUGCAGGGACCAUCAGGCACCUUCACCACACCUCCCCCAGGCCUGUAUUCUGGGGGACACAGAGCAGUGGGGGGGGGGUGUGAAAAGCCCACCAUCACCCUGGGAAAGGGAGUCAGAGCUACGGCCUGACCAGCACCCCUUGGUGUUCACAGGAAAUCUUUGCCCAGGAUCUCAGCCCCAGGCUGCUCAUUUUUAGAAAUCUCUCAAAUGUAUUAUUUUGAUGGCAAAAAUGAAGGAGCUUUGUAAAUUUUUUAAAAAUUAUGAAUCAUACAAAGUAGUUUACAUUUCUCGACAAAAUAGGAACUAUUGCAGCAGAAUCAAAUUGGCAAAAUCCUUAGAUUAAAUAGGCAAUAAUUAGGUCUGCUGUUUUGGCCUUUUGUAGUAAGAAGUGGUUGUAGUGUUUAGAUACGUGUUUGGUCUUGGCUUCUUGUAUUGCAUUUUCCAAUAAACUUAAAAAAAAAACCUGA